GGUUAAGAUCCUGUGGCUCACACUGUGCCAGCUGCACAAUGAGUUCAUCAUUGAGUUCCUUCCUGUCUACACUCCAUCAGAAGAGGAGAAGAACAACCCGGCACUGUUUGCUCACAACGUCAGGCACCUGAUGGCCAAGGCCCUGGACAUCCCCAUUACUGACUACUCGUUUGAAGACUGUCAACUGGCCAUGGCUGAGGGUCAACUCAGACUCCCUGUUGACACCUGCCUGCUGGAGUUCGCCAAGCUGGUCCGGAGACUGGGGUUGAAGCCCCAGAACGUGGAGAAGGUACUGCAGGAGUUUGGGAACAGAGCCAGGAAGAUGGAGGGAGAGAAGCUGGGUCUGGAAGCCUUUGCCCACUACCUUGAUGUCCCUGUGUCAGACAUGCUCAGAGACAUCUUCUCCCUCUUCAACGAGCAGGAAGACAACAUGAUAGACAUCAGAGAAUAUGUCAUCGCCUUAUCGGUUGUAUGCAGACCUGCUAAAACUCUGGAGACCAUGAAACUGGCCUUCAGGAUGUUUGAGGCGGAGGAGGACGGUGCGAUCACAGUGGCUGAGUUGGCCUGCAUCCUAAAGACGGCGUUAGGAGUGGCUGACCUCGACGUCUCACGUCUCUUCGUUGCUAUCGACACAGAGGACACGGGGAAACUCACCUUUGGCAAGUUCAGGAGCUUUGCAGAGCAUCACCCAAACUUCAGUGAGGACUACCUGUCCACAGACAAUACAGGCCGUAAUGGCUGUCCUCACCAGCCCAACGCCACGCCCAACGCCAAGCCUCAGACCAACGGCUUCUGCCCUGACUUCAGCCCGCGAGACAACCACCACGACACAACGACGGACGAUUCAGUGAAGAAACACAACUGAGUCUGUUAGUCACCUCAGAAUCCACCUCUCCUGGUGAGAGAGUGGGUGGUGGGGGUUGUUGUUAUUGUUGAUGGGCUAUAUGUAUGGUCAGUCAGACACACACACACCUCACACACACACACA